GAAAUUAGGCGGGGCAACAGUCUUACAGAGUCCGCUGACGCAACUCGUUAAAUUGAACGGGCAAUUUCAGCUUCACAACAAACUUUUUUUUGUAAACUGUGUUUUAGAUCGCUGCAGAAUGCACGACAGGAAUCUCAGUGUGUCUCGUAAUGAGACACUAGAGACCUGGGUCCAAAUGUAAUGGCCACACCUAGGACCAGAUGGCUUCUGUCCAUCUUGCUGGUCAACCUGUCAAAUUGUUUUACUCUAGCAGGCCCUCCUGCUCCUCCCUCUCUUCCUGAGUGCUAUAUCCCAUGUGAUGAGGAAAACUGUACGGUAGAUAUCCACUGUACUUGGGAUCCAAAGCAGGACCCUCAGAUACCCACUAACUACAGCUUGCACUGGGAGGCAGCAAACACAGAGGAAGGGCAUGUGAUCAAUGUGACCAGUUCGAAUGGGUUUAUCCCUCGUGAAGACUUUUCCAAUGGAGAACUUCGUGUUUGGGUCCAGGCUAAGAACCAGCACGGUUCUGCCAAAUCUCAGGAGGCUGUGUUCAAUACAGCAGAAAUCAUCAAGCCACCCCCUCCUAACGUUACCUCUAGCCAUCAGGAGCCCUCAGUGAUUGAAUGGAUUUCCACCUGUGAACAGCUGCAGCUCUCUUUGGGACCCUGUGAUGUCCGACAUCGGACUGAGGCAGACCAAGUCUGGCUUAAGGAGGAGGAUGGAUUCCAUUCCAGCUAUAUAUUCGACAGUCCGCAGCCCUGCACAGUAUAUGAAUUUCAAGUUCGCUGUGUCUGUGCCACAGGCUUGAUGAGUGACUGGAGUGCAAUCCACAAAAUGCAAAACAAAGAGAUCGCCCCUGUUGGAGAGCUGGAUGUAUGGAGGGACUGUGGGAUAUCCACUGCGAGCUUUGACUGUGUUCUGACCUGGAAGCUUUCUGUAUCUCAGACUUGUCUCAUUCUGGGAUAUGACGUCAGACUGUCUUACAAUAACGGCACUGCGGUGUCCUCGAAUGUGUCUGCAGCUGAGCCAAGGGGCCAGUUGGUGUGUAAUGAGAUGCAAUGCCACUUCAAUUCCUCUCUAAAGGAUGUAUCAUCAGUCAGUGUAUCUGCCUACAACGCUGAUGGUUCCACAGUACCUUCUCAUCUUGCUAUGCCAAUAUCAGGUAAAGAGAAAAAUGAGCAAGCUAUUCUGCUCAAGAUGAAUGAAGAGAACCUCACUGUGUUCUGGGAUCUGCCCUCUCAGUUCACUGACAACCUGAAGAAAUAUGUGGUGCAAUACAAACAAGCAGGGUGUCCUCCAGGCCAAGGAUUUGAUUGGAUUAAAGUGGAAAAAAAACAUACAACAGGAUUUUUUAAAGGUCAAUUUAAAAAGUACACACCCUACCAAGUGUCACUGUUCACAGUGUCAAACAGCAGUGAAAUCCAUCACCUUUCAUCAGUUAUUGGAUAUUCUUUUCAAGGAACCCCCUCCAGAGUGUCAUCAUUUAAGGUGUUUUCCAUUGCUGCCACUCGUGUGACCUUGCUUUGGGAACCUGUUCCCCUCUCAAAGCAGAAUGGGGUGAUCCUGUACUACCAAAUAGGAGUAGACAGACAAAACGUGUACAAUGUGAGUGCAUCCCCACAGCAUGAAAAUAAGACUUUUGAGCUGCUGCAUCUCAGUCCGGGACAGGAGUAUGAGGUGUGGAUAAGAGCUGUGACUGUGGCUGGGCCUGGAGAAAAUACCACCACAAGGUUCAAAACCAAGCACCACGAAGAUUUUGCACUCUUAAUACUAGUCCUUCUUGGAUUAAUUAUUCUGGGUGUAAUAUGCUUAUUUUUUGUUUUACUCAGUGCUUGUCGAGGAGAAAGCAAAGCAUGUCCACUGUUGCCUCUGUGUUUCUAUGAGAAAGUGCCAGAUCCUCGCAAUAGCCACAUUUUCAGACAGAUGAAGCACCAGAUUAAUGACCCCUUGGCUCGGAUCUGCAUUCCCGUCUCUGAGCCACAUCCCAAGAUCUCUCUGUUGGAGGUUGUGGAAAUCCAGCCCAGGGCUUUCAAGUCCUCCCUGGAGAAAAUCUCAGACCCUGACGGAUUAACUAGGCUAGAGGUCGGAGAUGGGUGCUCAGAGUUGGAGUGCCAAGAUGAUCAGAGGGAGGAUGCUGUCACAGAGGAGUGUCAUAGGACAGACCACAGACAUGGAAGAGAGGAGUACAGCAAAAUGGUUGACUCCGAUGAUGAGAGGGACAAGGAGGAGGAGGACAGGGGGGAUUGUUGGAGUUCAUCAGAGGAAGAACAGUUAACGUCAGGUUAUGAAAAGCACUUCAUGCCCACUGCUUUGGAAGUACUGGAAAUUUGAUGAUGUCUCCACGUCGGCUCAUGGACAUUUCGCUAUUUCAGUUACAAUCUCAGGUGUACUCCCUUAUUUCUGUCUUAUGUUGAGCAUAGUUGUAAUAAUAUAAAUAUUGUGAGUAGUAUUUUAAGAGGCAAAAAUAACACAAAUGCAUAGACAAACUGAUAAUUUACUCGGUGUGCAGUAAAUCCACCCUAAAACUGAAUUUUUAUUCCAAUCUGGUGUCAACAGGGUACACUUAAUGAAUGACCAAUCCUUAGGCUGAAGAUAUUGACUCCCAGAUGAGGUUGUGAAUGUGUACAUCUGUAAAUCAGAAAUGCCCCUAUAACCUAUAAAUGGAUUUAAAAACUACAAAGCUACAAGAACUAUUGCUAUUUUGAACCCACUGAAUUUAAAUGUUAUCAGGUGCUAUUUCAUUUAUUAUUUCCCUAUUUGGGCAAAUUGUUGACAUCCAUCAUUUUUUGUUUACAUCGUUGCACCUUAAAUAUUAUAUCUUAAUAAGUAAAAUGUACAUUUGACAUAUGUACAACUGCCAUAUGUGAUUAAAUAAACCAUUUUAAUACGG